AUGUCUCGUUUUCGGAAGCCUCUCGUGGAAAACGUGGGAGUGUCAGAACGAGUUCCAUCUUACACGUCAGCUAACUAUCCAAAUGCCCAGUGGACAGAAGACGUGAAACCGCAAUCGUUUGGUACUUCCAGCCUUGCGACAGAAAUGGAAAAGUCUACUUCUUCAAGCCUGGUAGCUCAAAUGCCAAUAAAUAUUGAUGAUGUGUGGAGAGAAGUACGAGCGCUUGAACGCCACAAUUUUGCCUCGUCACGGUAUCGCAAAGUUGGGAAGACGAUUGAACCAGUUAUAGAUUUUUUAACGAGGUUCUCUCCUGUAGUAGAUAUGAUGGUUCAGGGAACGAGUAGUGCCUCUUUAGUAUGGGGUUCGUUGAAAGUUGUUUUGAUGGUUGCCCAAACCUCGGCCACCUAUUUUUACUAUAUCGAUAAUGCGAUGUUGAAGCUUGGUGGUAUCCUUUCCAUCUCGAGUCAAUAUGAAAAGAUGUUUGCGACGGAAGUACGUGUGAGAAAUGCGUUGUCGGAUUUAUAUGACGAGAUUUAUCUUUUUCUGGAGAAAAUUAGAAAGGUGGUUUCUAUCAGCUCUUUCAAAAUAUUUCUCAAAAAUAUUAGAAAAUCUUUUGACACGGAGUUUAAAGAUAAUUUGGAGCAUAUUGAAAGAUAUGCUAGAGUUUUCAAUGAUGAGAUCACUUUAGCACAUCGAGCUCGGAUAGACACCUCGACCAAACAAAUCCAUGAACUAGUUGGAGCACUUGCCUUGGAUAGUGCAGAUAUGGUAACAAGAGUGGAUAGCCGAGAUGCAUAUGACACCAGGGAUUCGAUAUUGAAAUGGUUGACUCAAGUCGACCAUAGAGAAGAUUAUCAACGAGCUCUUAAAAGGCGUUCACCUGAAACUGGAGUUUGGAUACAACAUCACUCAACGUUUCAGUGUUGGAGAGACUCCUCUAGAGCCUCUCGCGACUGUUCAACGCUGUGGAUUCAUGGCCGUCCCGGAUCGGGCAAGACCGUGCUGAGUGCUACCACCAUUGAGCAUCUUCAACUAGAGUCCGAGGGAAAGGAAACGCAUUUAGUCGCAUAUUUUUAUUGCGAUUCCGGGGAUUCUCGCAAGAGAUCGACUUUGAACAUCUUGGGAUCUAUUCUGGCACAAAUUAUUGAGCCGAUGCAUACCUUUCCGAUGGAAGUUUAUAAAGCUUAUCAUCGAGCUAGAAAGUAUGGGAGACAGCAUAUAUCUACUGCGGACGAUGUUCUCUCAGUCAUCAAACAUGUCGUGGUAGACACUCCAUCGGCUUACAUUGUUCUAGAUGGGAUAGAUGAAUGCAGCGACCCCGCGGAUCUUACAAAAUCACUCGUGGAUAUAGCAGGAGGCACUUCGAAUGUCCGACUAGCCCUUUUUUCUCGAAAGCUUCCCAAUAUUGCAAAUGAACUCUCAGAAAUCUCACACGUAACGAUUGAGUUGGAGCCUGCUUUAGUACAGCUAGACAUUGACAAGUUUCUGACUAAGUCUUUGAACCAUUUACCUAGUAAGGGUACAGGUGCACAAGAUCAAGCAUUUUCCAAAUUAUCGAAUGCUUCUAGUGGAAUGUUUUUAUAUGCUGCUUUGGGAGUUCAAAGCCUAGCCGAAGCUAUUGACUCCCAGAGUAUUAUAGAGGCUAUUGAUAAAAUUCCUGAGGGACUCAAUGGUGUAUACGGGCAAAUACUCGAUAGAUUAGGGGCCCAAAGUAUUCGACGACGAACUCUUGCUCGGAAGAUACUCUUGUGGGUUUGCUGCACAACACGACCAUUAUCGUGGAAAGAGCUUCAGUGCGCUUUGUCAUGGGAUGAUAUCAAAGAAGAAUUCUUGGAAGAUCAACGUCCUUUCAAGGAUGCUGUACUUGAUCUAUGCGCUCCGCUGAUUGAGUACCGACCAGAGAAGGACACGUUUCACCCAGUUCAUUUAUCUGUUCGAGAAUUUUUAUGGAAGUCUCACGGAUUUGACUCCAUGUCCGCAAAAGCAACACAGUUCCUGAUGACUGAGUCGCAUACACAUCAAACUAUUGCUGAGGUAACCUUAGCUAGUCUCUCGCUACCAGCUGUUAUCCACAGCACAAGUGUUGAUCAUCUUCAAUAUCCAUUGGUCAAAUACUCUACCGAGAACUGGUGUCAUCAUCUAUCCUCGGCGUCAUUUGAUGACCAAUUGUGUCAAAAGUACGACAGCUUUGUCACUUCACCCCUAGCGCGAUCAACAUGGAUUUUACGAUUUCUCGUCUCAAACAAACAAUCUUUUCCUCUACAACGCAUAGCCAAGUGCCAAAAGCAAGUCAGUAAUUGGAAGCACAAUAAAGAUGGAACAGCGACCACUUUUGCGGCGGAGGAUCUAGCUGAUAUACAGCGGGCGUUGAUUGAACUAGACCAGUUACCUUUGAGCCAGGCAGAGUCUAUAUCUAAUUUUGAACGCGACCUGAUCGUCCGGGACUUGGCACGAGCUUUCACAAUGGCAGGAAAGGUGGAUCAAGCGAUUCAAAUGUUCGAAAAGGCUGUCGCCCAGAGUUUCCAAGAACCUUUGUUGCCAGAUUCCGUCCGCACAACUUGGCUCCUGAAUAGUCUCGGAAUCAUGUACGACCAGAAGAACCUAACCGAUCUUGCAGUAACGACCCAAAUGAAAGCUCUGUCAAUCCAAGAAAAGCAUCUCCCAUCUGAUCAUCUGGACCUAGCAUUGACUCUAAAUGAGCUGGGUCGAGAAACGCGACAUCUUGAGCGAUACUCGGAGUCAGAGCAAUACCACCUUCGCGCUCUCAAUAUUCUGCGACAAUCUCUUCCCGAAACAGAUCUGCAAAUCAUUUGGACUUUGAAUACUCUCGCACGCUGCUACCGCUUUCAGGGCCGCUACCCCGAAGCUCUGGAUCUUCACCAGCUUGCGUUGAAAGGCCAAAUUAUCCUUAUGGGGGAAGAUCAUCCGCAUCCCAUACGCACGAGGUCGGAUAUCGCGAAGGUGUUGAAAGAGCAGGGAAAGUAUAAAGAGGCGUUGGAAAUUAUGGAAGAUGUGUAUGAAAGAAGAGUGAUAGUGCUGGGAAAGGAUAAUCCGGAUACUUUGUGGUCAAUGAAUGAUGUAGGAUGUUUGUGGGAGGGAAUUGGGGGUUUUGAUGGGAGAAAGAAGGCAUUAUUUUGGCAUGAACGGGCGCUGGAGUUGCAGAGUAGGGGUUUGGGGGUGGGGCAUGCGCAUGCGGUUUGGAGUCGGGGGGUGGUGGAGAGGUUGGUGAGGGAUGGAGGGGAGGCGUGA